UGAGUUGAGAAUGUUUUUAAGCUCAUUAGAUGAACUGUUGUGUGUGUUCAGUCUGUCAGGAUGUCUGAUCACAGAGGAAGGCUGUGCUUCUCUGGCCUCAGCUCUGAGCUCCAACCCCUCCCAUCUGAGAGAGCUGGACCUGAGCUACAAUCAUCCAGGAGACUCAGGAGAGAAGCUUCUGUCUGCUGGACUGGAGGAUCCACACUGGAGACUGGACACUCUCAGGAUUGACCAUGGUGGACUGAAGACACUGAAACCUGGUCUGAGGAAGUAUGCCUGUGAACUGGAACUGGAUCCAAACACAAUGAACAGAAAACUCAAACUGUCUGACAACAACAGGAAGGUGACACGUGUGAAGAACGAUCAGUCAUAUCCUGAUCAUCCAGACAGAUUUGAUGUCAGGCCUCAGCUGCUGUGUAGAAAUGUUCUGACUGGUCGCUGUUACUGGGAGGUCGAGUGGAGAGGAAGAGUUGAUAUAUCAGUGAGUUACAGAAGAAUCAGCAGGAAAGGAUACAGUGAUGACUGUGGGUUUGGAAGGAAUGAUCAGUCCUGGAGACUUUACUGCUCUGAUGAUGGUCGUUACUCUGUCUGGCACAAUAAGAGAGAAAAAUAUUCUUCUUCCUCCUCCUCCUCCUCUGUAGCAGUGUAUGUGGACUGUCCUGCUGGCACUCUGUCCUUCUACAGAGUCUCCUCUGACACACUGAUCCACCUCCACACCUUCAACACCACAUUCACUGAAACUCUGUAUGCUGGGUUUGCAGUCUGGUCUGGUUCCUCAGUGUCUCUGCGUCGUCUGUAGGAGGGAGAGUCUCUCCUGUGGACAUAAACUCUGCUGACCGAAGAUCAGCUGCUGAAAUCAAACCUAACACACACUCAGACUCAGCAGAUCUGUCUCAGACUCUCAGAUUUUCCCUCUAAACUUCUCACAUGGUUUAAUUUCAAUAAAACAAAGAUUAGAGAAAAAGUAAAAAAAAACAGAAAACACAUUUGUGUAUCAGAACAAGGCGGGGAGUUCUGGUCCUCUGAAAUGAGGCCAACCAGGAAGUAACUUAAAACUGCAUUCUAUCAAAAGGCCACCAGGGGGCGACCGUUUUGGUGUCAAAAGGACUUCCGUCUCUAUACAAGUCAAUGGAGAAUUCACCAACUUCUCACUUGAUUUCUAACCUCAGUAAACGUUUUCAAAAUGUGUUUAUGGUCUCAAUCGCUAGUUUA